UCGUUUGCGACCAAGAAGAAGUCACAGAAAGAAACAUGGCAGGCUGCAUGAGGCUGCCCUUGUAUCUCCCUAAAGCCUUUCCUCCUUUCAGAAACUUUAAACUCGUUCACACUGCCGCUACGGUAAAAGAACCCGCGUAUCCGCCCAUAGUCGCUUCUCUUACAGCCAAAAGCCAAUCCGCCCGGCUGCGACAGAUUGAGGAGCAUGUUAAAAGGAUCAGCGCCGCUCCCAUUGAGGAGAAGAUGUCCCUCAUUACCAAAAUCCAGCGGAUGAAAUUUGUCGUUCAUCCUCAGACGUACGCUCGCAACGCAGACAGGUGGUACCAGCACUUUACGAAGACUGCGUACAUCCCGGGCUUGCCGGAGAAGCUCGUCCCGGGUUCGGAGACCCCAUCGGAUCAGCUUGCAGUCCCUCUGGGGAUCGAUGAUGCUGCGUUCGCGGACAUCCGUGCCCUGGUCACCAGGGUGAUUCUACAUGAGCACUGGCACAAGGUAAAGAAACGCAGACCGUUCUUGUACAAACACCAGGAGCAGUUGGUCGGUCCUUUUCUGAGGAACCUGGUGGCCGAACUCACCUACAGUUUGGGCAAAUACAACCCCCUGUUGCGUUUCUCCAGUCUGGAUCUCAGCCCUAAAGUGAACUUUUAUUGGAGGAGAGGUAAGAGAAUAAUCCCAAGGGGGCACCGGAAAGGUCGGCCAGAGCCAAUCAGGUUUCAGAUCGAUGACCACCCAAACAGCCAGAUUAGAAUCACCCAGCAGUUGCCAGAGUUUGUCCCACAGGAAGCUUCAUACACAGCCGAAGUCCCGGAGGUCCCGUACGCCCCUAAUCUGAUGCCUCUAUUCAGGAGACAGUACAGCAAUCAUAUCUUCACAGGUGCAAAGCUGCCAGAUCCAGCAUGCUACGGCCACACGCAGUUCCAUCUUGUCCCCGAUCGAUACCACAGAGACCGGCUGGCUCAGCUGGAGCAGUCUGACCAGGUGGAGGUCUUCCUCAGAGCCAACGCAAUGGCCAGUCUGUUCGCCUGGACUGGAGCUCAGGCCAUGUACCAAGGUUUCUGGAACUUCGAGGAUGUCACCAGACCUUUUGUGUCGCAGGCUGUGAUCUCAGACGGCCACUUCUUCUCCUUCUUCUGCUACCAGCUCAACACGGUGGCCCUUUCUGUGGAAACGGAUGCAGACAACCCCAGGAAAAACCUUUUGUGGGGCACCGAGAGCCUACGACUCUACGAGAGCGUGCAGGAUGGAGAGGUGGUGGGUCUGAACGACGGCGUCAUCAAGCUUCUGGUUCAGUUCCUCAUGAAUCAGCCGAGAUAGAUGUGCAGAAAGGGAACAUUGUAAUUCUUCAGAAUGGUAAAAGGUUAGAGACGUCUGUACACGUCCAACAAAGAAGUGUAAGCUUGUGCCUGGCAGACACAACUGAGGGAUCCUGGUUCUUUUAGGCAGAUUAAAACAUGUUCACAUCUGGUUGUAUUUAUGAAAAAUAAAAGGACCAUUUCAAAGUGAAA